UAUUUUUGCUGUGGUGUGUUGAAUAAGUGCGUCUAUUAAGAUAAUUGCUUUUUUAUUUAUAUUUAUUAUUUAAAAUAGAAAAUGAAAUCGUGCAGCCUUAGCUUUAUUAAAUUACUUUUAUUUGUGUUUAAUAUAGUGUUUUGUAUUAUUGGUAUAGCCUUUAUAGGUGUUGGGGCAUACAUUUUGACAAGCCUUAAAGAUGUUAAAACCUUCUUGGAUACAGGGAUUAUCCACUCAUCAGGAAUUUUGAUUGCAACUGGAGUCAUAAUAUUCGUAAUAUCAUUUUUUGGGUGCUGUGGAGCCAAGAGAGAAAGUCGUUGCAUGCUGAAUACAUUUAUAGCUUUUCUUGUGGCAGUUAUAAUUUUGGAAAUAGCAGUUGGGGUUAUGGCAGCACUUUACAAACAAAACUUUAAAGACGCUUUUAAAGAUGCAAUGACAAAAUCUAUACAAGACAAGAAUAACCCCGAUAAAGAUGCUUGGGAUGGUAUUCAAAAGGGAUUCAAAUGCUGUGGAGUCAACUCAUACGUUGAUUGGGAACAUAACAACAAACCCGUUCCAAAAACUUGCUACAAAGAUGCAAAUGAUGUAAAAACCCUGUAUAAGGAUGGAUGUUUUAAUACCAUCCAAGAAUUUAUAAGUAGUAAUGCCGGUAUUCUUAUUGGAAUUGCUUUUGGUCUUGUAAUAGUAAAGAUUGCGGGAGUCCUUUUUGCCAUAUGUAUGUGUAAAGGAAUAAAAAGGGAAAGAUUUUAAAAGUAAAAAUUUGUCCACCAUUAAUAAUAAACUUUUAAAAAAUAUAUAGUCUUU